AAUAGAGAAAGGAAGUUGUUACAGAAGUGUUUUUAAAUUUGAAUAUUUACAGUAAAGAAAUAAAAUUAUAAAAUGUAACGAAAGGAAUUUCCAGGAAGGGAGAUGCUAUCGUGUGAAGAUGAACCUCGAGAAAGUGUUCGAUUUUGACGAUGAUAUUUUUCCUUGGAUAGUUGAGAGAGUGAAAAAAACAUUCAGAAAAAGGGAUGUACAAGAUGUGGAUGCCAUUAAAGAAAGUUGCAAUGCUCAUAUUGUUGGACAAGUUAGUGAUGACCUAUUGCUGUUCACAUGGGAUGGCAAACCAGACAAAACAAAGUCAGAGAUGGAAAUCACAUAUUUUUGUCUGUAUGACCUAACCACGAAGAAAUCAUCAAUAUUGUUUGAUCAUGACAGGAAGGUAGAUGUUGUGACAGCUUCUGUUAAUGAAGAGAGGACAUUGCUGGCUUUUACUGUUAUUGAACUCAAACCUCAUGAUUUUAAUCCUGCUGAAGAAAGUGUUGGUACUUACAAAUCAAUUAUUGCGGAAAUAUCUCCAAAAAACAGAGUAUUUAAGUUGGCUGUUGAUCAACCACAUUACCAGAAAGUGCAGUUUCUACAUGGAAAGUACCCAUUGUAUGGUGGAUCUGCUCGCAGGGAGAGUCAUAUGCUGUUCUUUCAUCAUACAAAAUCAAUUGACCUGUAUCACAUACCUCUGGCAAGAAUUGAUUGUGGAAUGAUAAUGAGUAGUCAACCACAAGUGGAAAACUUGGUAAAACGGUUCGUGUGGGCGCAGUUCGAGCGACAUCGGAAACGUUUAUAUUAUGUUUAUUCUGAGUCUGAUGAUGAAAGUGCAGAUCUUAUUUUCUCUGCGAUUCAAUUUUGUGAAACAUCCCCUCGCGUUGUUACGAUGAAAUUAAUUUGCCCAUUUUCGGUUGGGUCUCCUUCAAAUACAAGGUUACAGUACGACCGCAAGCCUCUGUCAAAAUUUGUUUCAGAAAGUGAUGUAAAUAUGCAAGUGGUUUCGUCUCCAGAUGGAUCGUUUUUCCUUUGCUAUCAACAUCCUUUGAAUGAGGAUACCAGACCAAUUCAGGAUACGGCAAGUUCAACCGACGUUACAGAUGGUGGUGGUGAAUUUGAGCCUCAACAAUCAGUCCUGGAGUAUUCGAUAUUUAUGUUGCAUCAUGGAGCAAUUCUAAGAUGCAAGGUUCCGAACGUUGUACCCAGUAAUCUUAUCGAUCAAGCAAGACUGCUUUUUGUAAUGUUGAAUGACUGUAUCGCAGUUAUUUUACCAGGAUAUGUAUUUCAUAUUUUGGAUUGCAACGCCGAACACCCGCCAUGUCAUCAUCUUUUUCUGUCAGGGCCAGACAGCGAGGAAUUGUCAAUCUCGGAUGAGCAACUUUCUGAAUUUAGAUGUUUUAACAGCAAACCAAGAAAAGCGAUCCAGCAAGAAGAACUUCAGUUGUUUGAGCCAAGGCUGUGCAAGUUAUUCAAGUUGAAUAUUAAGAAUAACUACUGGACUGACUGCUUUUUAAGCACCCACUGUGACACGACAAGACUAGCUUUGCUGCACUUCAGCAUCUUGCACAUUCAGGAUCCAGAUAUUAUGUUGCAAAUUUUUGGUCACUUGGCAUGUGAUCCUGCCAAUCCAGAGUGUGUUGAUAUAUUGAAUGAAUAUCUCAUUGGUUCAACAUAUUUUCAAAUGAAAUUUCAAGUUGAGGCAUCCGUUUACAAGCUGUUGCCUUUCUCGAAUACUGAACCUUUUCGUGGACAUCUAGAGACGAACCGAAAGGGUGAAAAGAUCGCACAAAUUUCAUACACACCCAUGAAGUCAAGUAAAAUCCUCAACCAAACGUUUAAGGACGAAAAAAGAAAAGAGUUAGAAUUUUGGAUAUUUCUCAGGCAAAAUCUGUCUUUCGCAAGUUCUGUCGAUAGAUUUUCGCUAAAGAAAAUUUCAAUGCAGGAAGAAAUACCAAGGACCAAUGACUCGUCUUCGACUGCCGAAAGCGGCUUCUCGUCGAUUUUUCAGAAGUUCAGGAGGUUUCAGUUAGUUGAAAAUCAAAUACAAGGAAAUUCUGAGUUUUCGAAAGAAUACAAACCCGAAUACUUGGAAUAUAUUCGGUGUGAUGACGCCACAGUGGAAAAAGAAGAAGGGAGAAGCAUGAAGGUUUUAGAUAGUUUGACACGAUUCUUUCAUCGCUAUCUUCCUUCUGAAGUACCAAAAAUGAAAAUUCAAAAAAUGGCCAUGGAAUAUAUAGCAUGUCAAAAAAAACAGUCUAGCAAAUUACUUGAUUUGUUUUGGUCGGGACUAAAUUAUUCCGACGACACUCAUCCGUACGAUCAUUCACUAAAUACCCGAGGCACGAGUAGGGAACGUGCACUUCUCAUGUUAUUCGAAAGAUACCACAUGGCUGUAAAUCAAAUUCACUUUCCUAUACCCACUGGAUUCCACACCUUCUUUGUAUUUAUGGGAUUUCGUUGUCUUGAGGAAAGGUUAUUUAUUCAGUAUGUAAUCAAUAAAAUCUUCAGCUUGGAAACAGAAUUCAUGAAUCGACUUUUACAUGAUGUUGGAGAUGACGAGUCGUAUUCACAUUUGAUAUCUCGGCUUAUUUGUAGUUUUGAUCAGCCCAAAGCCAUCCAUUUUUUGGAAAAGUGGAGUAGUCCGGGUGUCUCGAGAAUUCUUUGUCAAAGAUAUGUCUCGAAGUUGCUGAUCGAAGAUGAUCACUUCCGAAACGACUCGAAAGAUUUUCUCACUCAAAGUCAGCGUUUUGAUGAAUUCCAAAGGACAGUUUCUUCACUGAAAAGUUCAGGCAGUGAUCAUUCGGAGUCAGAGACAGUCCCAUUUCGGCCCUUACUUAAUGUCAUGGCUGCACUAAACGUCACAGUUGCCCAGGCAAAGAAGCCUUCGAUGUGGAAAGGAAAUAAACAGGAUUUAGAGUCCCGUACAAACUCUGAAAUGUCUUACGUCUCAAAGAAUGCGCUGGAACACACAACGAGAAAUGUUGACGAUAUAUUAGGACUUGGGGCGUUUUGAGUAAAUUUCAGUUUUUAAAAUA